AUGACAGGUGCAGCUGAUUGCGCAAUCAGAAAUGCAAAUAACUUUCAGGAAAUUAACAAAGUGAAACUAAAAAAAAAAUGUCUUUUACUGGAAAGGCUUUUUCGUCAUGGAGACCGUGCCCCUAUAGCCUUGUAUAAAAAUGAUCCAAAUGCAAAGGUCCAUUGGCCUGGUGGACUGGGGAAGCUUACUCGAGCAGGAAAGAAGCAUCAUUAUGCGCUUGGUAAAUUUCUUCGCUCCAUGUACAAGACUUAUUUAACGUCCAAUCCCAAAGAGGUGAUUGUGAACAGUUCGGCAGUAGACCGCUGCGUAAGAGGUGCUGAAGUGACCGUGGCAGCUCUCUAUGAGCCCGAAGGGAUAUGGAAAUUUGAAGACGAUCUCAUAUGGCAGCCGAUUCCCAUUUAUUACCUUCCAGAGGAUCAAGAUAAAUACAUGGUUUACCGAAGCGCCUGCCCUCGAGGAUUCCAGGAAUCAGCGAGAUUGAUUAAUUCCGAAGAAAGGCUGGAGCUUAUCAGAAAACAUCAGAAAAUGCUUGAAGAGGUGUCAAAUUAUACAGAAAUGGAUAUUUCUAGAGAGAUGAUUUUGUUUCUUUACGAUACUCUGAAUAUUGAGAAAACGCACAACCUUACCAUCCCAACUUUGAUAGAUAAUUAUUAUGACGAGAUUCAAGAAUUUGCAGAAGAAACAUUUAAGAUCUUUUUUGGAUCCGACCUUAUACUGAGGCUGCGUAUAGGUCCUUUUCUUCAAAAAAUAAGUGAAAAUAUGAAGAAGAAAAUAAAUGGGGAUAUACCCGACUUGAAAAUCCAACUGUAUUGCGCACAAGAUGUUAAUCUGAAUGCAGUUUUCGCUGCUUUGAAUUUUACGAAUAUGCCACGAGCCCCGUACUGCGCUACUCUGCUGUUUGAGCUGCACGAAAUGGCUGAUGCUUUAAUGGCUGUCCGAUUGCUCUACUUGAAUUCGACGGAUCCACUGACCAUGGGGGAACCUCAUGUUCUGAUUCUGGAUGACUGCUCGGAAUACUGCCCCUUGUCGAACUUCACCAAAAAGUUCCAGCGCUUGAUACCGGAUAACUGGGAACAGGAAUGCCGCACUAGCACAUCGGAUUCCAGAAUGUAUGAGUGGAAGCCGAGCUUUGAAGCCCGACAACGUGUAGCAGACAGAAACUUUAUAGAAAAGUUUCCAAGAGUUCCUACACCCAGUCAACACCAGUUCCAGGAAAACACGUCCAGUUUCGUAGAUGCCUCACAAACAUGUAGGACAGAUACUCAAAUGUUGGAGUCGCCAAAAACGCUUCAUUAACACUUCCAAUUUUCCAGUGGUAGAUGCAAUUUUGAGUAACUUAUGUAAAUAUUACAGCAAAGAAAUUGAAACGAUGCUGUAAGUCAACACUUUGUUUCAUAUCAGAUUUAGGUGUCCAUUUCUUAUGCUUAUGCCUCAUUUCCAUUCUUAUAUUCCUAUAUAAAUGAAAUGCUUGUUUUAAUAUGCUGUAUCAUUCUUUAGUUUGUCU